AUAACCUUGUAAAAAAUAGCUAUCCUGUUAUUUCUGUUGCGGUUUCCUGGGUAGGCGAACGCGUACUGUAAGCAAGCAGCAGAACACUACGGAGUCAUGACGCCAGUCCCCCAAGAACCAGUGCAGCAUGAGAGACCGGUCAGGGACCGCGUGGUCAUCUCAGGCAUGUCCGGGCUCUACCCCAACGCCCACAAUGUUGAGGAGUUUGCCGAUAUCCUGUACAACAAGGUGAACCCAGUGUCCGACGACCACAAACGCUGGUCGUAUCAGCAUCCUGAGGCUAGCCAGCAUAUCGGAGCAGUUCCUGACCUCCACCUGUUCGACUCCCAGUUCUUCAAGGUCCACAGGAAGCUCGGCCUAAACAUGGACCCCAUGAGUCGCAAGAUCUUGGAGGAGUCUUACAAAGCUAUUUACGAUGCAGGCUUGAGUCCUGAACAUCUAUCCGGCAAGAAGAUUGGAGUAUACAUUGGAACUUGUUUCUCGGAGACGGAAAAGGCUUGCUUCUACGUCGCAUCAAUUAGGACAGGGUUUGGAAUCCCAGGAUGCAGUAAAACCAUGUUCGCGAACCGUAUCUCUUAUUGGCUAAAUGGGAAGGGACCAUCUCAUGCCAUCGACCAAUCAUGUUGCAGCUCGACGGCUGCUGUAGAAGAGGCGUACAAAUCUAUCAUUAGAGGAGAGUGCGAAGCUGCUAUAGCUGGAGGCUGCAGCUUGUGCCUUCACCCCCAAUCUUCCAUUCAUUAUAGAAAGAUCACAAAAUUAUCCAAUGAUGGCAGAACAAAAUCUUAUGACCAAAACGCUGAAGGAUUUGCUAGAUCCGAUGCAAUAGGGGUCCUGUUUCUUCAAAAAGCUCAAGAUGCGUUAAGAAUUUAUGCAGAAGUGGUCCAUAUAAAAAAUUCGUUUCUUGGUACAAAGGAGGGAACGAUCGGUCCAAAAUUUGGCUUCGAUCGGGACUCUGUCAAGAUGGCUAAUUUUAUUAAGAAGGUUUAUGACGAGUGCCACAUCCCGCCUUCUGUUGUGGAAUACGUAGAAGGAUUCGGAUCAGCUGAUCCAGAUGCCGACAAAAGUGAAUUGGAAGCUUUAGCUGCAGUGUUCAAACGAGACAAGGAAGAUCCUCUGUUGAUUGGCAGUGUGAUGUCAAAUGUGGGCUACACAGAAGCUGGGAGUGGAGUUACGGCUAUUACAAAAGUGCUACUAGGAUACCAUAAAGGCGAGCUGGCAGGGAACUUAAAUUUCGAGACUCCUCGCCAAGAUGUAGAAGCGAUGCGAGAUGGUCGUCUGAAGGUGCUCAGCGACCAUCAUAAAUUCAGGAGGUCCUACGUUGCUAUAAACGGACUGUCCACUAUGGGCGUCAACUCCCACGUUGUGCUGCACGGGAACUAUAAGCCUAAGGAUCUGAAACGUUACAAGUCGAGGAUACCGCGCCUUGUGACAAUGUCAGGGAGAACUGACUCGGCUGUGAGCGAGAUGGUGGCGCAGCUGAAGAGUAAACCCGUCGACCCUGAGCAGUUGGCGCUCCUCCACAACAUACACACCAAAGCUAUCUCCGGACAUUUGGGCAGGGGUUACAUGAUUUUCGACAAUGAAAAAGAUGAAACAGUAUGCCUGUCAGAGAAGGUAGACUAUUACGAUGACGCCAAGCGCCCCCUGGUGUUCGUGUACAGCGGCAUGGGGUCGCAGUGGGCCGGCAUGGGCGCGCAACUUAUGAGGAUACCGAUCUUCUCCGCAGCCAUUGAACGCUGUGACCGAGUGUUGCGGCUCAAGGGCCUCGAUAUCGUCGACAUAAUAACGUCUCCUGAGAAGACCACCUUCAACAAUAUCCUCCAUUCUUUCGUCGGUAUCGCUGCUGUGCAGAUUGGCCUCACUGAUGUCUUGAAGGCUAUUGGACUUGAGCCUGACUUCAUUAUAGGUCACAGUGUGGGUGAACUAGGCUGCGCGUACGCAGAUGGAUGCUUCACCGCAGAGGAGAUGAUUCUGUCUGCUUACAGCCGCGGACUGGUCUCCUUGCAGACGCCGUUCAUUAAAGGUUCUAUGGCAGCUGUUGGCAUCGGCUAUCAGAAGAUCAAAGACAUGUGCCCCCCGGAGAUCGAGGUGGCCUGUCACAACGGUCCUGACUCCUGCACCAUAUCAGGGCCUCAGGACGUGAUGAAGGAGUUCGUUGCAAAAUUGACAGACGAACAAAUUUUCGCCAAGGAAGUCCCAUGUUCAAACAUCGCGUAUCAUUCGCGGUAUAUUGCGGAAGCAGGUCCAGCACUCAGGCAAUAUUUGUCCGAUGUGAUCAAGUCCCCGAAGGCUCGCAGUGAACGUUGGUUGUCGUCUUCAGUUCCCGUAGACAAGUGGGAUCAGCCUUUAGCCAAGAUGUCAUCGGCUGAAUAUCAUACCAAUAAUCUGUUGAGUCCUGUAUUAUUCGAGGAGACCUCCCAACUGCUCCCGAAGAAUGGAGUCAUGGUGGAGAUCGCCCCCCAUGGGCUGCUGCAGGCCAUCCUGAAGAGGUCCAUGCCCGACACCUGCACGCAGAUAUCUAUGACCAGACGCGACAGUCCAGAUAAUGUACUCAAUGUCCUGAACGCUAUUGGAAAGUUAUAUGUCAUUGGCUAUGUACCAAAUGUGAGCAUUCUGUACCCAAAAGUUGAGUUCCCCGUCUCCACGGGUACGCCAUUUUUAUCCAACUUAGUGCAUUGGAUGCAUAGUGAGAAAUGGUCUAUUUCUUUAUACAUGUCACCUCAUAGGAACAAAGUGGCGUCUUGCACGUUUCCCAUCUCCAUUCAUGAUGAUGAUUACAGUUUUCUACGAGGCAAUGUUAUUAGAGGAAAGAUCUUAUAUCCAUAUGCUGCGGCCCUAGUCGCAGUAUGGGACACCCUGGCGAUGACGACGGAGCAGAAGAAGAAGCAAUUCUCAGUACAGUUCAGUGAUGUGCAUCUAUAUGCACAGCCGAUUCUCCACGAUCGAAGAGCGUUUAAGAUCCAAAUCAAUUUGCAUAGAGGAACAGGGAUGUUUGAAGUCCUAGACGGAGAUUGUGUAGUUGCAACAGGGUACAUAGUAGGCAAAAUAGUGCCAGUCAAGAAGAAUGUGGUGAGGCAAAUACCGGAGUACAAAGGGAUAUAUUUGCAGUCUAAAGAAGUUUACCAGCGACUUCAAAAGAGAAACUAUACUUACAGCGGUGAAUUCCAAAGUAUAUCCGAAAUGAGUGAGAAUGGCAGCAAAGCUCGAAUAUUUUGGAACAACAAUUGGACAACAUUCAUUGACGGCUUGCUCCAGCUUCAAGUUUUAAAUCGCGAAUAUGAUGGUGUCUCCGAAGUAGAAGUCAUUAGAAGCAUGAGUAUCGAUAUCAAGGAUCAUCCCAAAAACUUUAUUUAUAUCGACAAGCUGUGUCUUUUAGAAGCUGAUUUUGUUCGACACUAUGACAUGCUGUGUUGUGGCGGAAUAAUGAUAGAAAGUGUUAUGUUCAGAGAUGUACCCUUAAUAACACAAAAUAUUUCAUUAAAAUCUUUUAAAUUUGUCCCCCGACACCGAGGAGAAAGUGAAGUAACUGAAACAUUACAAGUUUAUCAUCAAAUUAUUCUGGAAAAUAUUAACAAAACAUGUUUGAAUGUUGUUAAUAUAGUUAAUGUUUCUGAUCUUGCAUUGUCCAAUAAAAUCGAACAAAUAUUAAGAGGGGGUACUCAUUCUAAAUUAAGAUUUAUAAAUGUCAAUACAGAAACUAUCAAAUCAUGCAGUACCAUUGACGUGUUAAUAGUUAAAAAUUUGGCCAUGGAUGAAACUAUCAUUAGAUUACUCCACGAUACUCUUCCACAAAACACAUUUAUCAUAAACAUUGAAGAUAAUUAUAGUAUCUCCAAAAUGCGACCAUCGAAUCUUUACAAAGUGGUCGCUAGUUCAAACCACAAAGAUAUGAGAUCUCAACUAAUAAGAUGGCGUCCUUUGGUUCCUCAAUCUGGAGUAACAACUAUAACAGUUCGAAAUUCUUCAGAUCUUCCUUUACUAUCAUCUUCGAGAGCUAACCUUCACACAGGUCACACCUUAGUCAUUCUUACCUCAUAUCCGCAAAUUCCUGGGCUCAAAGAUCUUGUGGCGGCAUGGCGGAAGGAUGAAGAUCGUAAUCAAAUUUAUUUGAUAGCCCUGAACCAGGCCGCUGAAAAUCAAGAUCUGAUGCAGUUGCCGGAUUUAGAUUUAGCUUUCAAUAUUCUGAAUAAUGGUGUAUGGGGUGGGGAAUAUUCUCUUCCUUGCAAUGUGAGCUCCGCUUCAACCGGAGUGGUGAAACUGCAAAGCCCGCGUCUAGGAGACAUGAACUUGACGUGGGUGGAACAACCUUCGUUGAAUGGACCUGGUAUUCCCGUCACGGUUCACUACUGCAGUCUCAACCACCGUGACGCGAAACAAGCCUUAGGAGUCUCCAAAGACGAUGUUGACAUAAGAUCUUAUGCGAUGGAGUUUAGCGGAGUCACCGACAGUGGAGAACGAGUGAUGGGACUGGUUCCCUCUGGAGCAGCCAGUUCGCGCGUGCUAGCGAUACCUGAACUCCUGUGGCCGGUGCCUGAACACUGGACCCUUGAGGACGCGGCCACAGUACCCCUGGCUUAUGCGUUGAUAAUCUACAUUUUGUACGUCAAAGGGGCAACAUGCAAUAUAAGGAGGUUGUUCGUUCACUGCGGCGCGGGGGGGCUGGGCCAGGCCGCCAUCAACGUGGCCCUGGCACACGACAUGCACGUGCUGACCACCGUCGGCAGUCUCAAGAAGAAGGAGUUCCUCUUGAAACUGUUCCCCAAGUUGAAUGCUGAAGAUAUUGGAAACUCGAGAGACCACACAUUUGCGGACAUGGUUCGGACGCGCACUAAUGGUAAAAACUGCGAUAUAGCAAUCAAUUCACUCGAAGGUGCUUUGAAAAAUGCAACCCUAAAAACGAGUGGUAUUUAUGGCUACGCCUUCGACUUCUCACAAAUAUCAAACGCUGAAGACUACGCCUUUGGAAUGGACAACUUAACAUUAAAUAGAUCGUAUAUUAUCAUGGAUGCUUCCACACUAUUUGCAAAAAAAAAAGUGGCUGAAAUCGUCCAAACUAUAUUAGCUGACGGUAUAUCCAGAGGGUUUGUGAUCCCUCUGACACGCGUGGUGUUCGGUCCGCAAGAAGCUGCGCGUGCGCUGAAGCUGAUCGUUACAGGAAAUAACUACGGCAGGGUGCUACUUAACAUGCGUGACAUUGAUGUGCAAGCGCAACCUAGGAUUGCGUGCUCACCUGAGCACUGCCACCUCGUGGUAACGGAUGAUUAUAGUUGUGGUGUCCAAUGGAUCAAGAGACUGGUAGACCGUGGGGCCAAAAGCGGUCUAAUAAAGUGGAUAAAUCUUGACGUAAACCGUGGAGUAGAUAUGACGAGUACCAAGGGUGUGCUUGGAUUGUUGAACGAUUGCAUCAAAGCCGGCCCAGUGGAGGGAAUUUACAUGAUCUCUGCAAACGGAAAGAUCAGCCAGAAGACUGUGGACUAUUUGGACGUUAUUUCGAGAAAAUCUUGUCCAGGACUCAAGUAUUUUGCAAUACUUAGCGAUGACAACGCUUUGGGGCAAAAAAAUUGCUCAUCCCGAGCACAUGACAAAUUGCCAGCCAUCAAGCUAAUCUUACCUACGUUCAGCAAGACGAACAGCAUAAGCAACUCUCACAUGGAUGGAAUUGAAAGAGCUAUGCGUUCAAAAGGGACAGUACUUCUAAUAGAUACUCAGGAAGUGGGUGAAUCAUCAAUGCUCGAUCGGAUCGCGUCUAUAGCUGAGAUACAAAUUCCGCCUGAUGUUGAUGGUAAUACAACUCUAGAAGCACUAGGGCUUAAAGACAUGAAAGUGAAAGCAAUACAUAAAUAUAUAAGGGAUACUUAUAGUUUUUACAUCCAUGAAGAAAAGAUCAAAUCACUCUCGAUCGAUCGUCUCAAACAAUAUGAGUCAGAAGUAACAGAAUCAGAGUAUGAAGAAGUGGAAGGCAUGGAGAACUUCUUCUUCAAUGUGGACUCGGACGAACUCCUGGCAACCACCGAGAUGGUGUUCCUGACCACGAUGAGCAACACUUCUGCUAUGAGAGGCGACGAAUUCAACCUAAACGACACGUACUUAUGCAUAGUGCCGGGACUUGAGGGCCAUAAUAAGCGUUUCAUAACGCUGUGCCAGUGGUUGAAACUGCCAGCCCUAGUUCUGCAGCCAGGGCUGGACCACUUGGAGGAGACCAUUCCUGAAGUCGCUAGGAGAUACGCUGAGACGCUGAUGAACAAAAUUGGGCUUAAAUCUUAUUUUUACUUGAUGGGCUACGAAAGUGGUGUCUUGGUAGCGUUGGAAAUUGCAGCUAUUUUGGAACAAAAUGGUAUGACAGGCACGGUAUAUUGUAUCGGUGCAACCCCAAAAGACUUCAAAGCGACACUUGAGAAAAAAUUAAAAAAAUACAAAACAGAAGAUGACUUACAAGACGCAGUAGUACAACACAUGUUUACCAUUAUGGGUGGUGACGUGAAACAUCUUAUAGAUCUAAAUAAAUGUAGUUCUUGGGAUGAAAAGGUCCAAGCUUCUGUGAGAACUUUGGUUGGCCAAGUACCGCAUUCAGCUCAAUACGCUAAAGCCUUAAUCAAAGCGGCAUACUCGCGAAUUCACCAAGUGAGAAAUUACGAGAUAAAACCAUUCUGUCUGCAAUCACAAUUGAUUCUAAUUCGUGCCUUUGAACAGCCAGAUAGUAAUUUAGAAAUGUAUUCUAAGAAACCAGUGAUUGUUUAUGAUCUUAAGGCACCGUUGUCGAAUGCUGCUGCCGACUUGCGUUGUUCUAGUAUCAUUAAUAGGCAUUUGGAUAAACAUCUGCUCGAAGCCUUCAAUGAGAAGAAUAUUUGCGACACGUAUAUAACGAACAGCGAUACCUUUAUGCAACACGAUCAAUCUUAGGGCAAAUGUUGUUAACUGAAUUUGCAAUAUUUGUAAGGUAGGUAUAAUGGAUUCUCUCAUGUUGAUUACCAAUUUGUUAGUGUUUCGGGUGAUUUAUUUAUGAUUCUUUAAGUAAGUUUAAUAUUUAAAUAAAAUUAUGUGAAUUGUU